AGACUACUGAUGCCACAGAGAUAGCCAGAGCUGACAAACAACAUCAAAAGAAUUAUGAUACAACGCUAACCGCCGCAAAUUAUAUUUCCAUUUCUACAUCGUGUAUUUCAAGCAACAGUGUAAUACGAGAGAUUUUCGGUGUCUGCUGUGCUCGUACGAAAUCUAAAACAAUUGCUUAGGGUAGGCUAUAGCUGCUAGGCUAUUGUUGAUUUCGUAUCGUUUUGAGGACAAGCAUUUGAUUAUGUUUUGAUCUCAAAGUAAGAGAUGUUUUUUUUCUUCAAUUUCUACCAAAUGCUUGUUUUUCCACAGCUAUAGCUAAGGCAAAACUGUCAACAUAGAACUUGCGAAAUGAAGCAUCGAAAAAUGACAAGAACACGCAAAGAGAGGUUCUACAACUGUCCAAUUGCUCCAAAGAGAGACUAGUUUAUCAUUUUAUCUAUUGCCAACUUCAACGAUGUCUCUCGUGGCCAGCGAUAUCCCAACGGACGAAGACUUAGAAGAUCUGGUUGAGGAUGGACUUUCUCUUGCAACCUACAUAUCAGACUCUGGAAAGAAAGCCAGGAAAAAGAAGCCAUCUGGUAAACCCCCCCCUUCUCCCAGGUCUCCGUAUCUCUCCAGUAUGGAUGUGAACCCGAGGAGAUCAGCGGUGUCAGCCUGGAGGCCCCUGAGAGGGACACUGGGGGAGACCCUAGGGGGGAGAGGUGACACCGUGGGGGAGAGGGGUGAGACAGCUCGGACCCCCGAGAGAACUGUCUGGCUUCGCUAAGCAACGGGCACGGUCUGUCCCAGUCUCUGAGAGGGGGCUUUGACAUAACACACACCUCAGCCCGGCUCUCCUCUUCUCCCUGCGCUCCAGAGUAUCUCCAACAGGCUCUGGGCAUUAAGAAACACAAACACUCACGCUCCUCAUCCAACGACUACAGAGAGAAGGAGGACAUGUAUGAUGAGAUCAUCCACCUCAAGAAGAGUCUUCAGGCCCAGAAGUCAGAGAAGGAUAGGAUGAAAGCCAAACUACGGCGUCUGGAAGAGGACAAAACUAAGAAAGACAAACAGAUAGAACAGCUCCUGGAUCCCACCAAGGGACCGGAGUACACACUGAGUCUGGUGGACAAGAAAAACCAGGGGAGCCUGAUUGUUAACGGACUAAAACAGAGAAUCCUGAAGCUGGAACAGCAGUGUACAGAGAAAGAGAACACUGUGACUAAACUGCAGAGUGAGCUGAAGACCACUAAUCUGGAGGAGUUGAAGAUCACAGUGGAGACCUACUUUGAGGAGAUUCAGAGACUGCGGAUGAUAUUGGACGCAACAGAGAAAAGUAGUAGAGCAGAGAGUAAAGGUUCUCAGAGGCAGCAGAAGGUUCUAAGCUCUACGGUUCUGCGUCUAUCAGAGAACAUUAAACAGCUACAGCAGGAGAACCACACACUGAGAGAGGAACUGAACACAGACAGCCCAGCCAGUGGGCUGAAAGCCUACAAAGACUGGAGCAAACAGAGACUAUUGAGGAGACUGGUGGAACUGGAGAGGAGGUUAGAGGAGGUGAGGAGAGCCCCAGGCAGGAGGAGUGGAGUGGACAGGGCAGUCCAGACUGGCCACCAGACCACACCCACGGAGACAGAGGUUGCUACGCCGCCGGGGAUAACCACCGUAGCAAUGGAAGGGGGCGUUGCCGUGGUAAACACCCAACAGGAAGGGGAGGGAUUUGUCCGUCUGAAGGGGUGUGUCAGCCAACUGGAGCAGGAGAAGGCGGAGCUACAGGAGACGCUGACCAAUAGAGAAGAGGAGGUGAAACGACUGAUCGCUGAAAGAGAGCAGGAAGAGGAAGAGAUGGAGAGGAGGCAGAAUGAACAAAGGAGUGAACAUGAGAAGGAAGCACAACUCUACCAACUGGAGAUAGAACAGCUGACAGUGAAGAUACAAUCUCUGGAGGAAGAGAAGAAGAGAUGGACUGAAGAAGAAGAGAGAGAGCGGGAGGAACAGAACCAGGUGAACCGGAAGGAGAACCCAGAAGAGAGGGAGGAGAAGGAAAGAGAGGAGAGAGACAGGGCAGCUAGGGUGAUCCAGAGAGAGUGGCUGGAGCACAGAGAAAAGGACACAGUGUUGGUCCAGUCAGCAAUAAGAGGACAUCUCCUCAGACAGAGCCAUCUAGCUCACCUCCGAGACACACACACCAGCACUCACAGCAAGAGCGGCCAAUCAGAGCGCGGCAGUGAUAUUACUUCCUGUGUGGAGGGUGAUGGGGAGCUGGAUGCCUUGACGCUGAUCCAGUCUGUGUUCCGAGGUCACCUGACACGCAGCGCACUAAUGACGGAGAGCUCAGAGUCUCCAGCCCCUCCUCCCUGUGGGCCCACCCCAGCCCCUAGAAGAGUCCCCUCUGUCCCUACAACACACGCUCGCAGCAACACAGCCCCUCCAGGCAGUGAUGAAGAUGUAACAGAGCUGAGUGAGGAAGAUCCCUGGCCUGUCUCGAACACACUGUCCAACACGAGGAGACUCACACCAGCCCAACUACAGCUCCACCCACCUCCAGACUCCAAGGUUGCCAAGGUGAUGGACUCUGAGGAUUCCGACGAUGACAUCAUCGUGUCUCCGUCUCGUUUCGUGAGGAGAGAGGAAAUCUACUUCUAGACCAGAGCAUUGCACUAUGGGAUAUGUAGUGUGUGUGUGUGUAGCUGUGUGUGCAGGGUUUUGCUCUAGCCCUACAGGAACACCAGAUUCAAUCAAGGUUCAGAGGAGACGCUGAUAAGUAGAAUCAGGUAUGUUGCUAGUGCAAGGCUGGAACGAAGUCCUACACGUUAGUUAGUGUAGGGCUGUACAAAUAAAAUAAAAUAAAUCCUGCACAUAUCCAGGAGGGUUGGUUGGUCACCCCUCUGCCCCAAACAUCUCUCUUCUGAUAUAUAUCCUUUUAUGUUGCCAAAGUGCCUGAGUGCUGUAUAUAGAUUGUUGAUGAUCAUAAACAAAGUUGUAAACCAUGAAAGAGUUUAUUGCAGAAUGAGCGACUUUAAUUAAUGUCUAUCAACAGAAGCACUGCUGAUUCAAACUGUGAAAUCAUCAUCAUCAUCAUCGUAAUAAUAUUCUACUGGAAUAUGAUGCUCAGAGGAAUGUGUGUGCGCGUGCGCCUGCGUGACUGUUAUACAUGUUCUUUUAUCAUUC